CUAGCCUAGGAACCUACUGAGGGCACAAUCUCAAGCCCUGCUGCUUUGAACCCUAGCCGAGAUCCUACUCAGCAGACCAUACAUCUGUGGAAGGAUAGGAGGAGCAGUCUGAGUGGCCCUGGGCCGGAUGUCACCCCGACACGUGCCGUGUGCCUGACUGAGGAGCCCUCUGUAAUGACCUCCGGGGUUAGGGUUAGGGUCUGUGUCACCUGUCGCUUCCCUGUCCCGUGCAAAUAGGGAUGUGGGCAGGAAGUACGGGGUAGCUUGGCUGUCCCACCAGCCUUUCCGGUUUCUCCCUCGUACGUGGGCUCCUUGGUGCAUGGCUGUAGUGCUCAGCCUUCUUAGCGGCACACUGAGAAAGAGUACUGACCCAAGUGGGCUCCAUGCGCCUUCGUCCACAACCAGGCCCCCUAGGCAUGGAGCCCUUCUUCCGGAAGCGGCUCACUUUCUUGUCCUUUUUCUGGGAUAAGAUCUGGCCAGCGGGUGAGUCGGACGAAGACAUCCCCCGGAUCCAGGGACUUGACGACAACCCAGUGCUGGAGCUGCCCGCUGCCGUUGAGCCUUGCAGCUUUCCCGCCCCACGCUCGCGACUCUUCCGCGCGCUCUACGACUUCACUGCUCGGUGUGCAGAGGAACUGAGCGUCAGCCGUGGAGACAGACUCUACGCCCUCAAGGAGGAGGGCGACUACAUCUUUGCCCAAAGGCUCUCUGGGCCACCCAGUAUGGGACUGGUUCCAGUCACCUACCUUGCCAAGGCCACCCCUGAGACGCCCUCAGACCAACCUUGGUACUUCAGUGGGAUCAGCAGGACUCAGGCCCAGCAGUUGCUCUUGUCUCCCGCCAAUGCACCAGGGGCCUUCCUCAUCCGUCCCAGCGAAAGCAGCGUCGGGGGAUAUUCUCUGUCAGUUCGGGCCCAAACCAAAGUCUGCCACUACCGCAUCUGCAUGGCACCUGGUGGCAGCCUCUACCUGCAGGAGGGCCGGUUCUUCCCCAGCCUGGAUGCAUUGCUCGAUUACUACAAGACCAACUGGAAGCUGAUACAGAACCCUCUGUUGCAGCCCUGCAUACCCCAGAUGCCCCUGGCUCAGGACGAGUGGGAACGGCCACGCUCAGAAUUUGUCCUUCGGAGAAAGCUGGGUGAAGGCUUCUUCGGGGAGGUGUGGGAAGGCCUGUGGCUGGGCUCUAUGCCUGUGGCGGUGAAGGUUAUCAAAUCAGCUGACAUGAAACUGGCAGACCUCACCAAGGAGAUUGAGGCACUGAAGAACUUGAGGCAUGAGCGACUGAUUCGGCUGCACGCCAUAUGCUCCCUGGGUGAACCUGUGUACAUCGUUACUGAACUCAUGGGCAAGGGCAAUUUGCAGGUCUACCUGGGCAGCCCUGAGGGAAAGGCCCUGAGCCUGCCUCAUCUACUGGGGUUUGCCUGCCAAGUAGCUGAGGGCAUGAGCUACCUGGAGGAACGGCGUGUUGUCCACCGGGACUUGGCUGCUAGGAACGUGCUGGUGGGUGAUGACCUCACCUGCAAAGUAGCUGAUUUCGGCCUGGCCAGGCUGCUCAAGGAUGAUGUCUACUCCCCAAGCAGUGGUUCCAAGAUCCCUGUCAAGUGGACGGCACCUGAGGCAGCUAAUUACCGUGUCUUCUCCCAAAAGUCAGAUGUCUGGUCCUUUGGCAUCCUGCUAUAUGAGGUCUUCACUUAUGGCCAAUGUCCCUAUGAAGGAAUGACCAACCAUGAGACACUACAGCAGAUCAGUCGUGGGUACCGGCUGCCCCGCCCAGCUGCCUGCCCAGCAGAGGUCUAUGUGCUUAUGGUGGAGUGCUGGAAGGGCAGCCCUGAGGAGCGUCCCACCUUUGCCACACUGAGGGAGAAGAUGAAUGCCAUACACAGGCGGCUCCAUCUGAGCCUCACGUGACCAGGUCUCCAGCCCCACAGGCAGCAGUUAUGGCAACUGCUUCCGAAGGGUGUCUCCCAAGGAAACACCUGUCGCCAACACACAUUGGAGAUGCUGCACAACUGGGAAUGCCAACAGCCUCAGAGAACCCCACACUGAGGGCUCCUCCACUGACAUAGGCUGGUACUUACAUGUGCACAACACCAGAUGGACACGUGCAGACUGGGUCUGGUCAUGAGCAUUACUUAGAAGUGAAGGCUGUGUCCUCCUCCUGGCACAGUUUGAAUCCCUGGUGUCUCCAAAGUGUUGAUAAAGGAUAAAAGAGGAGCUGUAAGGAAGUGUACCAGCAGAGCCAACAAUUUCCUCUCUGCCCUCACCUCACUCUGGGCUUCCUCAGCUCCCUCCUAGGAUCAAG